AUGGUGGGUUACAAGAGUUCAAGUCCUCAGUAUCUGAGCACACUACCAGGUAGAUAUGAUUACACACUAAAAAUGCUUCAAUUGUAAGAUGUCAUCAAACAGAUAAAUUAAACUCAAUCUUUUUUUUUCUUAAUUGAAUUUGAAGUAAUUGUUGUCAUCAAAAAGUUGUGAUGAAUUUCACAACAUCAGACGAUGAGAUGUAAAAAUAAAAAUUAAGCCAUUUUCAUUUAUUAAUUUUAGAAAUAAUUGUUUUGUUUUAUUUUUAACAGAGCAAGAAGCAGCCACUGCAACUGAGAAGAUAGCUCUUAUUGAGAACAAGAUCCUGCAGCUUGUUAAUGAUUCUGAUAAAAUAUUCUCAUUAACCAUCAAUGGAAUGACCUACAAAGGGGACAUUGAUAAUGUGCAAGCCAAAGUGGCGUGUCAGAAUGGGGCAGGUUUCUACACAGAAUUGUGUGGUAGGGAGUGAAAUCAUUGUUGGAUUUCAACUAAGCUUUCAUCUUCUAGAGCAUUUCUGGUAGUCCUUUGUAUAUUUCUUUUGUAUUGGUUCACUUUUGUGUUAAUACUGUUACUUUGUGACUACUCAUGUCCAACUCUAUAAUUUCAAUUUGUCGAUCACCAUCAAUGAUCAAAUUGGUAUAUCUUAAUUAUGUACUUAAGUUCUGACAAACAAUAGAUUUCCCAUUGUUCCAGUUUGUCUACUGUAAGCUUUUUAUUCCCUCUUGUCAAACAGUGCAUUGCCCAGAUUUCCUUAUCAUCUAUAAUCUCUACUCUCAUUAUGAACUCACUUUUGUCAAACAUUGCAUUGCCCAGAUUAAAUCUAUAAUCCCUACUCUCAAGUUGCGCUCACACUUUUGUCACAAAGUCGUCAUGUGCAGCUUUCCUUUUAAUCUCUACUCUCAUUAUGAACUCUCUUUUGUCAAACAGUGGAUUGCCCAUCUGGCUCAUACUCUGCUGGUAAUGGAUCUUGCCUCCUCUGCGCCAAGGGAUAUUUUCAAGACUUACCUAGAAAGAAGACAUGUAAACGCUGUCCAAAGGGUAAGUUUCACUACACUGAUUUUUUCUGAUGACGGUAUUAAAGUACAACCAAGCCUUCAAAAGUUUGUUUUUAAUACAUUUACAUUUAAAUAAUAAUCAUCUUUCUCUUUUGUAAAAAAAAAAAAAAUAUUUGAUUUGGUUUAUACUCAUUUGUUUACCUUUAUUUUCUGUUGAAAUAAUCACCAAUUAAGAUCAAAUUCUUUUUCUAUUAAAUAGUCUUCAAUCAAUGAGUUUUCAGUUCCUUAUCCCUUCUAGGUACUAGUACAUCGGGGGAGGGUUCCUACCUGUCUGGUCAUUGCGUGACUAAUCCAGUUACCUUUGAAGAUGUUUACCCUGACUGGACCAAUGGCGAUCAGCUGAGGACAAAGUCUACAGAGAACUCAAAGUUCACUCAAAAAUAUACGAAAA